UGCCGAACCACUUUCGCACUAGCCAGCUCACCGACAACUUUGUCUCCUUCACAUGUCCUAGGUCUUUCAUUGCAUCUGUCCCCAUGACCGGGUGUCUCCCCCCUCAUUGUCCUGGAUGCUCUCGUUUCCUCAUAUUGCUUUUCACUGCAGCAGGUGUACUCGCCGGCACCACUACCCGCACUAUCGACGACCAGGACGGCGACAGCGUUACUGGCCUCCUCCCAUCAUACUCGGGUGCAUGGAAUCUGGGCCCUCAGUGCACGGGCUGCCGUGUGCAGCCGGACCAGUCGCAAGCCUUUAGCGGGACUUGGCAUGACGCUACCGCCCAUGCUGGGGAGGAGAUACGUACAAUGACGGCACAGUUCAACGGGACGGCGGUAUACGUCUACGGCAUCCUCGCACCCCCCAUUCAAUACAUCACCACACUCACGAACGUUACAUUUCUCCUCGAUGGUGCACUUGUUGGGUCAUAUUCCAACGACCCCACAAGCACCGACUACCAGUACAACGUACUCAUGUACUCAAACGAAAAUCUCCCGAACGAGGAACACACCAUCGUAUUGCAGGACACGGGGGAUACAAACCCAAGUCUCAUCCUGUUCGACCACAUCGUCUAUACGUUCACGGACCAGGAUUCACCCUCCCCGACGCUCGUUCUUCCCCCUCCCUCCCCGACGCAACAGCCAACCUCGCCCCGAGCUAUUUCCUCGAGUUCUCCUACUCGGUCCUUGAGUUCUUCACUUUACUCCAUCCCGUCUUCUAACCCCCCCACAUCCUCUCACGACUCUUCGACGAGCCUGCCUUCUAGCGGAUCUCAGUCGCCAACCAGCUCUGGGGACAAUGUCACGUCCACAUUCACAUCGUCACCUAACGCGGGCGAGCAGCGUACGACUACCAACGCUUCUCCGACCGCUUCUCCGCACAGAUCUGGUGCGGCUGUUGGAUCCAUAGCUGGGGGAGUGGCGGGAGGCGUUGCGGUUCUCAUCAUCGUUGCCGCUCUGCUAUGCUGCAUGCGUCGCAGAAGGAGAAGAGCAGUCGUAGGGCCAUCUCAGGAGAAGCGUGUUGUCGACGAUCCACUACCCACGACCAUCCAUCCCUUUGGGGCGUCUAUGCACUCAACUAGCACCAUGCAAUCGCCCCUGCUUAACGGGCAACAUGCGACGAACGUUAGUUCGACAUCCGCCCUACCUGUAUCUGAGCCAUCAUCGGUCGUCAGCAGAUGGCAGAUGAGCAGGCAAGAGAACGACAAAGGCGUCGACUCAGGCGUCGGCGAAGCGCCCGACUCACGUCCCCUCCCAGACGCACCCGUAUCGCCAUCCAUCGCCUCUCCGUCCUUACAGUUGGAACACUCGCAGUCCAAUCUGACCUUCUCAAUCCCUGUGAUGCAUCUCGAUUCCUCCUCGCGAACGCCCACUGAGCAGGACAGUGACCACAAGUCUGACAUAGAAUUCAGCGCGCCGUCUCGGUUGGCAGCAGCCCCUCCCCGGGCCUCUCAAGAACUCCCUGCGCCACAGACCCUCCCUUCCCCGCCCAUACGGUCCCCAACAUCUAUUUCUGGUGUGUCAACCCUGCGUAACCAGGUGGUCCUGCUGCAAGAGGAGAUCACGAGAUUACGGGAGGAGCAGGAAUUGCAGCGAUUGCUGGCUGAGCCCCCUCCGGAGUACGCUCCUUGAGAUGAUGCGGGCAGUGACGAAGGCCUUCUUGGACACGCACCAGUAUGCUUAGAUUUUUUGCUGGUUUAUUAGUAGUAUCGUCUUGUGGGUUUGCAAUGCUUCAUCUUCUACGGCCUUCAGGCGGAGCUUGGGGACGCACAGCGGUCUCAUCCGGCGAGGGUUUAUUGAACAGAAGACUCGAUGCAUCACCAUCGGGCGCUGUUCGGAACGUGUCUUCGCAUUGCCACCGCAUGGGGUGGGAAGGAGCUUUGCCGUUCUGGAGCCUGCACCAUCAUAAGGAAGCUCUUUCGCCCUUCCAAUCUCUGACUGCCCGUCAAAGCAUGGGAGAAAAGCUUGUAGCAAUCCGCGGGAGAUGCUGAUCAUUGACAGACCCAUCGCCUAGUGGACAGGGAAGCUCACGCCUCUAUAUGUACCUGUGAUAGGUUUGGGAAUUGGGCACGCCGAAUUCGCACCGACGUAGACCCUAGGAUGUCGCAGUAGCCUGUGCACACGCUCGUUGGUCAUAAUCCAUGUUUGCGAUCCGAUGUAGGGUGGCGUUCCAUCUCUUGCUUGGCUUCCUCGCCACACAGCGAGCAGCCUCGACCACUCACAUCAUCGACGACGCGGACACGUCCGGGGCGAUCUCCUAUACAACUCCUCAGUCGUGGUCACAAGGUGCGGGAUGCACGUCCUGCUGGAUCCAUCCUGACCCCUCUGAGGCGUUCGAUGGGACCUGGCACGACACUUCACACUUCACGACGGACACCGACGAGCGGUUCAUCACGGUUCAGUUCACAGGCACAGCCGUCUCUGUAUACAACAUCGUCGCGAACACCGCUGCCCAGCCCAAUACCGUGACGGCCGUGAACUUGUGGUUCGAGAUCGACGGCGAGAGGGUGGGAUCUGGGUACCAGCAUGACCCGUCAUCCAGUACGGACAUUGAGUACAAUGUGCUGGUGUUCUCGCAGGAUGGUCUAUCGAACAGCCCGCAUCUCCUCGUCAUCCAUGCAACGGACGGGGCCAACACGAAUGUCCUCUUCGAUCGUGUUGAGUACACAGUGCCCGACCCGCCCGUCACUACCUCAACCACCGUCACUACGGCAGCUCCGCCGCCUCCAACAGCGAAGGAAACGACUGUCGUCACUUCUGUCAUCACCACGACUGGCUCGACCGGUCUCGUCGUUACAACCCAAAGCAUCACAGACACUUUAUUCUCCUCGAGAGCUUCGGCAGCUCCCUCAGGUCUGUCGUCCUCCACCGCCUCCACUUCUUCUGUUUCCGCACCGUCCUCCACUCCGUCGAAAACAUCGCCGGUGUCCUCCUCAACACGUUCCAGCGCCACUGCCACUACCACUACCCCGGAUGCCGCUUCCUCGAGCGUAGCUGCGGUCGCGGUCACAACUUCGAAGCGCAGUCCUCCUACCGGGCUGAUAGCUGGUGCAGUAGUAGGGGGAUUGGCCAUCGUAAUUUUCCUCGUGUUCUUGGUCCUUUGGCUGCAUCGGCGCGCACGUUCAGCCACACAUCGUGCAGACAUGUCUACGAUUGGGAGCUCUGGAAACAUGGGCGAGCUUUUGGGCGGUGCUUCCGAACGAGCGUAUUCGGAUGUCGAGCAGAGCGCCGAAUCGAGCUCGGCCUCACGUGUAGUCCACAUUGCUCCCGAGAUGCUCUCGCGCGCGCUCUCACGCACGUCGCGCGAUGCAUCCGCUGGCACCAUCUACCCAUCCAAUACUUCGCCUGGCCAGAACGCGGAUGUGCCGUAUAUGCCGCCGGAGCUAGCUUAUCGACAUCACGAGAACAUUGUCCGGAGCCCAGACGCAGAAGAGAAGGUGCUGCUGGGCGGAUAUGAAGAGUCAGAAUCGGAUGGCAUCUCCACAACUCAGCAUCCUCUCUCCGCAGCAGCGACUCAUACCUCGUCUAUAGCUCCGCGCACUGCGUCCACAGGAGGUGGCUCGAAUUUGCGCGAGCAGGUUUCGAUGCUGCAGGCGGAGAUUGAGAGGUUGCGGGAGAGGCAGGAGAGGCAGGAGAGGCAGGGUACCCAGAGGUCGGUUGUAUAUGACGAUGCGCCGCCACUCUAUGAUCCCACUUCAGCGCCGCGAGUGUGACUGUGUUCGAAGUUCAUAAUGGAGUUCGUUACUGGAAUCAUGAUUCAUCUGUCAUGUUUGGCUGAUUAUCUGACGUAGCGCGAACAGGGAUUGCAUUUGGCGACUCCUCUAAUUUGAUAGUAAUCAU